CAGUCUCUCGACCCGACGGGACUGGACACAGACAAGGUCGUGUAUUUGGAAGGCAAUCUAGACAAAGAUUACUUUGGGCUGUCAACUGACACGUUCAACGAAAUGGCUAAAAACGUCACCCACAUUAUUCACGCUGCUUGGCCAGUGGACUUUACCAAACCCCUUGCUGCAUUUGAUCAUGCCAUUCACGGUCUACGGAACUUGGUGGACUUCGCCAUUUCCUCGCCCUGGCAAGUUGCGCCUUGA